UCAGGCUAGAUCGUUUUAUAAUGUAUUUCCUUUUUAGGGCGGAGGGAAAUUUGAAAAAACGCUCUAAGCCAAAAUAAACCUUCCCAAUCGAAACGGCUGACAGCUUUAUCAGGUUGUUUGGUGCCGCUGUUUUUCCGUUGAGGUUUCUACCGCCGGAAUCUGAUUCGUGUUCCAGUCUCACGCUCGUUUCAUGUUAAGUGGUGUAGUGACGAUGGAUUAGAGAUACGGGAAAAUUGUGGUCUGCGGCAACACAUCAAUUUAUGUUCCGUAGCGAUCCGAUUCUAGGGUUAAUUUUAUCGAUGGGGUGUUGACAACUGAUUUCUUUACAAUCCUAAUCCAUGUUUGUUUGAUUUGGCAAUUGUGAAACAUCUACUGUCAUCCAUUAUUCUGGUAUCCAUCCAGAUAUCUCUUGUUGUGACCUCCAAUGGCAAUAUCAAAAAUAAGGAACGGAAGGGAGGAGAUGAAUUUUUUAAGUUCUCCGAUGAUGAUGUGAUGAAGGGUAACGUCAAGCCAGGAAAAUUUGUAAAUCAACACAAUCUGACAGACAAGGCAUCGGUCUAGCCAGGUUGGGAUUUAGAUAGCUUAAACAACUUGUAUAUAUACAUUAUUUUGUUGUAAUGCAUCCAAUGUUGUAUAUAUAGUAUAGAUACUCAAUGCUUAUGAUUUCAAUCAAUUCCAUAUGUGAGGCAAUUAUUACUAAUGAAUCCGUAACAGUCAAAUUUAUUCAAUUUUCCUUCAUCAUCAAUUUGAGGUUAAUUACAAAUAGCUUUCAUUUUCAGACGUUUCUAAUACAAACGAACAACCUUUGAGCCACAACAAUGUCUAAUGCAGGUCAAGGAGAGUCAAGACAGCCGGCGGCUCCUAAGCAAGAGUUGCAGCCACACCCAGUGACGGAACAACUUGCUGGUGUUGAAUAUUGUGUUAAUAGUCCACCCCCAUGGAAGGAAGCAGUGUUAUUGGGAUUCCAACAUUAUAUUCUGACUCUUGGUACCACUGUCUUGAUACCAACCAUGGUUGUUUCUCAAAUCGGUGGUGAUAAUGCUGAGAAAGCCAGGGUGAUCCAAACCCUUCUUUUUCUUUCAGGAUUCGGUACAUUAAUGCAAACCAUGUUUGGUACUCGAUUACCAUCAGUUGUUGGCGGCUCGCAUGCAUUUUUAAUCCCCAUAUUCUCCAUAAUUCAUGCCAAAAGAUAUAAUACAUUUUCAGAACCUCAUGAGAGGUUUGCACAAACCAUGAGAGGCAUACAAGGUGCUCUUGUCAUCACUUCUGCUUUCCAGAUGAUCAUUGGAUUCCUUGGCUUAUGGAGAAACAUUGUCAAGUAUCUUACCCCUCUUUCGGUCGUUCCUCUUAUUACUUUUACCGGACUUGGGCUAUAUUAUCUUGCUUUUCCGAUGCUGGGAAAAUGUGUGGAAAUUGGGCUCGCAGAGUUGGUGUUAAUAGUCCUUAUCUCACAGUAUCUUCCUCCAUAUCUAACCUCCAAGAAGCCAAUGUUCGAUCGGUUUGCAGUGUUGUUAUCUGUUUCAAUUGCAUGGACAUGUACUGGAAUCUUGACAUGGAGUGGUGCUUAUGCCAAAUCUACAGACACUCUAAACACUUGUCGCACUGAUCGUUCGGGACUUAUUUACGGAGCUCCUUGGAUAUAUGUUCCUUAUCCAUUUCAAUGGGGUACUCCUACUUUUGAUGUUGGGGAAGUUCUCAUGAUGAUGGUUGCUUCUUUUAUCUCUUCCAUUGAGUCUACUGGUUUGUUUCUUGCAACAGCAAGAUAUGGGAGCGCCACUCCUGUGCCACCUUCCAUUCUGAGCCGUGGUAUCGGCUGGCUGGGAGUUGGGACUUUCCUCGGUGGCAUGUGUGGCACAGUAACAGGAUUUGCUGCAUCCACUGAAAACUGUGGUGCAUUGGCAUUGACAAGAGUCGGAAGUCGAAGAGUGAUUCAAAUAUCAGCUGCUUUUAUGAUCUUCUUUUCUGUGUUCGGAAAAUUUGGAGCGGUUUUCGCUUCGAUACCUUUGCCAAUUGCUGCUGCUUUGUACUGCAUUUGUUUCGGUUGCGUCUCUUCUGCAGGUCUGGGUCACUUGCAGUUCUGUAAUCUCAACAGUUUCAGGACCAAGUUCAUAUUGGGCCUUUCUUUCUCCCUGGGACUUUCACUUCCACAGUUCUUCCGUGAACACUGGGUUGGUUUCGAUCACGGUCCAGUGCACACCCAUGCGAGAUGGUUUGACAACAUGGUAUCGGUGGUACUGAUGUCGCAUGCGAGUGUGGCAGUGAUGAUUGCCAUGGUCUUGGACUGCACGCUUUGCAAGGGUAACGAUGAGUACCGGAAAGAUUGGUGGGAGAAAUUUGCGGUAUAUGGUAAAGAUAUUCGGAGCGAUGAGUUCUAUAAACUUCCGUGGCAGCUUAACAAGUUAUUCCCCGCAUUGUAACAAAGUUAUUUAACAAAUUUUGCC